GAGUAGCAACAACGCAUAGCAGCUGCUCAGGCUUACUUUAAUAUCAUGAAGUAAUACAAACUUUAGUUUUUACGUGAUGCAUCUGCUUCCCUGGAAAUGUCUGAAAGCACGAUGUAUUAUAAUUUUGAAAACCUUAUAAUUCUGGGCAAACAAUUCUUAUAAGUGAAGAGCACCGGAAAUUGGACAUUUUCUUUUAAAUAAGCAUGGUGAAGUUCUUCUCAAGAUAAGAUUGAUUAACCAGCAACGAUACCUGGACGCAAGAAUAUCUAGGGUGUUGAGUCUCUGUGAUUGCCUCUUUCAAAAGGUGCGGAUCUAAAAGACUAUGAAAAAACCUGUAGACCUGGAACAUCCUGAGAUGUUCACAAGCUCAGAAUGCUCACGUCAGGAGGCAAAAUUGGUGGAACUCUCAAAGGAGCAGCAAACCGAGAGUAUGCAAUAUCCCAAACUACGGGUGGGCGGCAGCGAGUCUCCAACCCACUUCUCACCAGGUGUGAACGCGGGGGGUUUGCAGGUGCGACAAGCCCGUUCUUGCCUGGACCUUUCCUACUGCUCCAGUGUGCCCCGUACUUCCGGCAAUACGCCUUACUCUCAACAGUGUAACAAAAAGGACAAACGUGGUUCCCACCUGUCUGCUCCACUGGUCAAUAUGGGUUAUGGUGUCCCCCAGUAUCAACAAAAGCAGAAGCAGCAGCAGCAUUCUCCUCAUCGCCCAGUCGUGGCGACCAGGUCAGUCCCCCGGGCUGCUGUCAGUGCCUAUGGAAUGAGAACUCACUGCAAUCUGGUAAUACCAAGCCCAGCCCGCGGCAGCCCUUGUAGGAAAGGAGUGAUGAACGGCGGGAUGAGCAAAAGGGGGCACCAAGGAGUGACAAGCUGCCUCUCAUGGUCGCCCAACCAUCAGGGCAAACAACAGCAACGACGGGCCCGUGUGUAUAGCGAAAGCCAGGGACUCUCCCGCAGCAUGCGUAUCAAACGCUGGAUCCAGAACAAGCAGCGCAGCACAUCAGAGGAGAACACUCAACACUCCUUUGUCACAGUAGAUGAGGCUGAUGAGGAGGGCCGACCAAGAGGUCGAUACCUUCUCGAGAACAUCUGUGAAGAAAGUGAUGUGGACUUCCAUGACCAAAAACGGAAGUCCCGGCGGCGUGUCAGUGCCCUUACAACCCGGCGACGACACCAGUGGCGUUCUCAAGUGGGGCGAAACAUCAGUCCAUCCUCUGAGACUAGUGAUGACAACUUUGAGAAGAACACAAACCUUGAAGACCGUCUGCUGAAGGUCAGCCAUGGGUGGAAUGCUCAGGCUGCCCGUGAGCAUCGUAUCAAUGCCCUCAGGUCCUUUUUAACGACCAAGAAGCAGCCAUUAGCAAUGCUCAACUUAUUAGAGGCCAACAAAAUAACAGAAGCUAUUGCUAUGGCCAGGGAGAUUAAGACACGAGUACGGCUGGAUGUGUGUCUGCUGUGGGCAUGUCUGCAGGGUGCCACUGACGUGGUGCACAUGGUGCUUGAAGCUGGAGCCAAUGUGGAUGCUCGGGACAAUGCAGGGUUUAGUACCUUGCACUUAGCAGCAGAGAGUGGUUCCCCGGAAGUGCUGCAGGUGCUGCUGAAGAAUGGGGCACGUGUAGGUGGCACAUGGGAUUGGGAUGGCAAUGAAGAGUUCACGCCUUUAAUGUUGGCUGCUCGUGGUGGUUGUGUAGGUGGUAUUAAAGCAUUGAUAGCAGCAGGUGCAAAUGUGGAUGGUGGAUUGAAUACAAUUGGGGAGACAGCACUGCACCAUGCAGUCAGAGCAGAAUCUCCUGAAUGUGUUGAGCUCCUGAUCAAUGCUGGUGCCACAGUCAAUCCAAUUCUCCUCUAUAGUGAGACACCUCUCCAUAUUGCAGUGUGUGAGGGACUGUCAGAUAUAGUAGGUAUACUCCUAAGUGCUGGAGCUGAUGUCAAGGCUUCAAGGGGAAAUUCAAAGAUGACGGCACUUCAUAUUGCUGCCCAAGAAGGUUACUCUCAAGUGGCUCAUCAGUUGUUAAAUGCCAAUGCCAACCCAAAUCAAGCAAACCUCAGAGGACAAACACCCCUUCACUUAGCAGCAAAGGCUCAGAGUUAUGACACUGUACAACUGCUGCUCAGCUUUGGUGCUCAUCCCAAUGCCUGUGACUAUGACCAUAAAACACCACUUCACAGUGGGAUCUUCAAGGGGUCAAGGUCUCACGAGUGCCUAAGGCUUCUCCUAGAGGCUGGUGCUGAUGCCAAUGCAGCAGAUCAACUGGGCUACACACCACUACACAUGGCAGCACUGCAUGACUCCUCUUACUGUGUUUUGCUCUUCCUGGAUCACGGUGGUGAUGUUACAGCUUGCACUCAGGGCGGGGUCUCGGCUCUCAAUGUCAUACUGCGCCGAACACCCACAGUCCUUGCCCACAUCCAAGAAAACCUUGAUGCUGCUAUCUCCUACACCGAUCAUGACCACCAUGAGAAGGAUUCUCAGGUACAGAUAGAUUUCCGAGUCCUGGUGCCAGGAGAUGGUGAUGGUUUGGAAUGUAGGAUGCUUUCCUGCUUCAUCCGUGAAAAUCAGAAGCCUCUUCUCAAACACCCUCUCUGUGAGACGCUGCUCUUCCUGAAGUGGCUCAGGGUCCGUUCUUUCUUCAUUGUCAAUCUAGUAUUCUAUGCACUGUUGGUGGCUAUGCUGACAUGCUAUAUUAUGGUGGUGUUCCCUGCAGCUUCAUGCCUACAUCUCAACUCUACCACACAGGAAACUAUUUUUCCACCUUUCCAGUUCACUGCCUCAACGUUCCUCGAGACAAACCAAAAGCCACUCUCAACUAAGGUGGAUUCUGAUCAUCCUAACAUUCUAGAGGUCUCCUUAGACUUCUCAAAUGGUAGUCUUGAACCAACAGAAACUUCAGACACCAUUUUGCCCAUACAGUUGGAAAAAAUAUCAAAAAGAGAACAAUGUGGGAUGAAAUAUGAGGAAUUACUAGUCUAUCUUCUUUAUUUUGUAUGGGCAGGCAUAAGCAUGUUAGCCAUAAAAGAAAUUUUUCAAGUAAUUGAUACACCAAGGACAUACUUCUCUUCUUGGGAUAAUGUUAUUGUGUGGCCAAUCAUCAUAUUCACAAUGACUAUCACUGUUACAUCGUACGUCCGUCAUGACACUGAAGAAUGGGAACAUCACUUAGCUGCCAUUGUCAUAUUCCUCAGUUGGGUGGAGCUGCUUCUACUCAUUGGCAGGUUUCCAAUCUUUGGUUUAUAUAUACAAAUGUUUACGCAUGUUACAAAAAACUUUGGCAAGUUUUUAUUUGCAUAUGUCUCCCUUAUUAAUGCAUUUUCUCUAAGUUUUGGGGUCCUUUUUCCAAAUCAUCCUCCCUUUAAAGUGUAUGCACUGAGAUUUAUCAAGACAUUGGUCAUGAUGACAGGAGAAAUUGAGUAUGAUGAUUGGUUCUUUGGUGAUAAAAAAAUCAUGUACCUUGGAACAUCUCAUGUAAUUUUUGCUGUUUUCUUGAUAUUUGUUACAAUUAUUUUAAUGAAUUUACUUGUUGGUUUGGCUGUGUCUGAUAUUCAAGGUCUCCAGAAGUCAGCUGGCUUGGAUAGGUUGGUGCGCCAGACAGAACUGAUAGCACACUUUGAGUCCAUCAUGUUUAGUGAGUGGCUAGCGUGGGCUAUGCCACAAAGAAUUCUUAGUUUUCUGCAUCGUAGUAUUUUAUUAUGUCCAUCACUCUAUGGCAGGACUCUGGUCCUGACACCUAAAACUCUUCAAGACACUGGUAUCCCUCAAGAACUUGUUGAUGCAAUUAUUCGCACAGCUCGCACACGGGACCAUGCCACACGUCGCAGGAAUGCUUUUACCAAUUUUCGAACAUUAAGUAAGACGGCUCAGUUUUCCAGCGAUGCAGAUGGGGACAUGCAGAGAAGCAUUGAUGCUCUGCGCUUUGGCCUAGAUUUAUUAGUCUGGGAUGUAGAUGAACGGCGAGAGGACAGUGUGCAUCUGAAGGAAGCUCUUGCCACCCUGAGUGAGGAACUUGCUCAUGUGGGUCAGUGUGUGGAGACUUUGUCAGCAGCCAAGAUGUGCUCCAGUUGCCAGCAGCAGGAAGAAGGAAAAGAAGAACGGACUAGUGUGUACACCUCAUGUGGCACCCCAGACACUAUGUCAGGCCAAGGUUCCAGCGCAACACUUACUUCAGAAGUAAGAAUGAACGUUUAGUAGAAUUUUGCAGUGUGCUAUCAAGAAAUCUUGAAAUUUCACUCUAUAUCUGACUCUAGAUCAAGCAACUAUGUACAGUAUAACCAGCAAGUCUGCGAGUCAGAAAAUCUCAACCCCAUUAUCCUGACUUGUGACUGGCAUGUAAAGACAGUAAAUUUGAAACUGAACAGAAUUAAUCCCCCUGAAACUUUUUAAUUUAUUUUUAUCACCUUUCCCUACAUACUGAGGAGCUACACAUAAUCUCUGCUCGUCUUUUGUCACUCUGGUCAUCCAUUCCAUCAAUUUUCCACCUCCACAGCAAUUCCAUUAGGUCCUGAAGAAGCUAAUCAUUUUUCAUUUUAUGAGUACAGUAAUCCCGUGUUUUUCUCGGGAAUUACGUUUCUGAAACCCCCGCGAAAAGCCAAAACCGCGAGUACUCUUUUAUGAAUCACUGUACCUGUGGCCACCAAACAGCUCAGGUAGGUCAUGCACUUAACUACGCCAUGCUCUCCACUCAC